CUCCCCCAGUCUCUCCUGCCCCGCUCUCUCAUUCAUAUUUGGUCUUCCGGAAGUAGCCGCGGCUCGAACAGUGUUUGGGAAUGGAUUCUCAUUUGGCAGCUGUCCUGAAAAGGAGCACGGCAAAUUUGCUGGAUAAAACCCAUUUUUCAGAGGGUGAGGAUGAACUAAUGCCAACGAAACCCUUGACAUUGACAGAGACUCAAGUUCAGCCUAUUGAUCUGUCACUGAAAUCACCUUGUCCUUUUUUCUACCCCCUGGAUCACAAGCAAAUACUCCCUUGUGACAAUGAAACAAACUCAUCCCACUUGGGAAAAAACAGAGGGCAGGGGUGUGUGUUAAGAGAGGUGGAAGACAAAACAGAUGGCAAGAUUGCUUUGAAAGAACACAGCCUGUGUGACUCCCUCUCAUCAGAUGAGGGAUCCACACCUGUUUCUUCUGUAGACUUGAAUCACAGCUGUGAUUCCCUGGUGGAUGUGAAAGAGGAAGUAGAGGAGGUGUGCAUUGGGGAACUGCAUGGGUACUGCGAGGACUACUCUUGCACACCAUUAUUUCUCAAUGAGAUAAAACCUUUGGACAAAGACUCAACAGAGAACACUGUCUGUGGCAGUAAUGUCAACAUAGACAAAGUGUCCAAAGACAUGGCAGAGCAGCUGGCAUCUGUUGUUGAAACACAAAAACCUGACUUGAAUUUGAAUGCUAAGUACCCAUCUAAAACAGCAACAGGACUAAGUGGGAAGGUCCCGCUAAACUCAAAGGGUUGUAUUGUUACAAAUGAACUGUCUGAGAAAGGACUCUCAGCUCAAAGUAGUGACGGGACAGAUGAAGGCUGUCCAAAUCUUGGGCAGCAAGAAUCCGACUUUUCAGUGGUUCCUUCAGGCAGUGGGAAGGGGCCCUAUGGAUUAAGACAAGAAAUGGGUGAUGAAACAAAUAUAAACAGAGUGGAUACACUAAAGGGAGUUAAGAGGAAAGUGGAAGAGGGAGAAAUCCUGAACUUAAGCUUGUCAAAAAUUGGAGGAAAGCGAGGCGUGUACAGGAUUGACCAAUUAUUGGAAGAAGAAACAUUAAAUGAAAUGACACCAGUAAUGCAAAUGGAAGUAAAGGAGGAAGAACACGAGCUUAACUUUUUUUUAAGGAAAGAAGAGUCAGUUAUUGUUUCACAUUGGGAGCCUAAUCUUUCCCACACUCUUCCUGUCACUCUAUCUCAUUCUCCUGCCUCUGACACAGAUGAUUUUGACACUGCUGGCCUACUUCUUAUAGAUGACCAAGGAAUACCAUACUUUCUUACCCCAGAUGGUGAAAAAGUUGCUCAAGUGACGCCUCCCAAAUCUUGCAAAGGUUCAGCUGCCAUACUGCCAAAAUCUAAAACAAAACAAGUAGAAGUAAAGGAUUGCCCAGCUGCAUUGUUCUGUGACAGUGAGCUUCCUAAGAAAGAUUCAACACAAGCUGUACCUUCCACUCCUCAAGAAAUGUCUCCGCAUCAUAACUCUGCUGAAUUAUUAGAAUCCCGAGAGACUGUUAUGCCUUUGGAUACUAAAUCAGCCCAAGGUACUCCAAUCACUAGCCCACCUUCUAAUUCAUCCUUUGAAUCACCCUCACUGUCAGAUUUAGCCACCCAUACAAUCCAGGAUCUGGGUAAUCCAAAAUGUAAUGUACUUGCUCUUUCUUCCCAGCUUCCCAAUCCCCCAUUAACCGAGCCCAACUCGGGCACAAGUUUGCUGGCUCUUUCCCUUCCUGUUUCCCUCAAGCAAAAUCCACCACCUACCCCUUUGCUUCUUGUUCUGUCACCUGUUGCACCCUCACCAAAUACCCCUUCAUCUUCCACCUCUUCCUUCAGUGUCACUGACACCACAGCUUCUUCACUUGUACCUUCCAGGACACAGUCUCCGUCUCCUGCUCCAGUUUCUCUCUCUUCUGUCUCAACUGUUAGUUCUUCCCCAUCCAGUUCUUCACCCCCUACUAAUGAUCCUGAUUGCAGUGCCCCAACAGCCCCCAUCUCAGGAAACAGCAACUGUUCUCAACCUGUUCCCAAUUCUCCCACCACAUCCUUGUCAGGGAAUGGCAAACCAGUUGAACCUGACCUAACAUCCAAAAAGAUAGUACCUAAAUGUUCCCCACUCCAUGGGGUUCUUAAACAAGAUGACUCCUCUGAAUCUACAUUACCUUCUUUUGUUGAAACCCAGACUGAAUCCACAUCUCCAGUCACUGCCUCAGUAUGUCCUGACAAAACCCUCAGAUCAGCCUCACCUCUGUCUUCCCUUGAUCCAUCUUUGCAUGCAUGCUCCAGAGGUUCUCCUUCUCUUGACACUCAGCCUGUGCUCACCUCUGAUACUCCUGGAGAGACUUUUGGUCUUGAUGAGUCACAUUAUCCAGUCUGCAGUACACCCCCUUCAACAGUCAUUUUCCCCAGCAACCAUCCAAAAAACUUCACUUUGUCUUCCACAUGUCCUCGGCGCAUUCUGUACUGCCAGUUCUGUCCACGUGCUUUUUACUACCUCUCUGAUCUCGAGCGCCACUCCAUCACCCACUCCCAGAGCAAGCCACAUGUUUGCCCGCUUUGCAGUAAAGCCUUCAAGCGCUCCAGCCAUCUGGAGCGACACAAGCACAUCCACACGGGCCAAAGAAACUUCAUCUGCCCCAUCUGCUCAAAAAGGUUCCGCGAAGCUGGGGAGCUGCUCAGGCACCAGCGAGUGCACACAGGCGAAAAGCCCUUCCAGUGCCCACUGUGCCACAUGCGUUUUGCAGAGCGCAACACACUGCGUCGACACACUAAGCGAAAGCAUCAGGAACCGAUUGGGCAGGUAGACGCUGAUGGCAUGCAGGGGAACCAGGGGGAAAGUGCAGAAUGGUAUAGCUGCACUGUGCCUGACUCGGACUCCGACACUGAGCUGGACAAAGAGUAGGAAGGGAUGCCAAAUUCAGCACUUAAUCUCACGUGUGUAGCCUCCCUGGCUACUGGCUACAUUCUCUUGUAUACCUACUGAACGAAUCUACACUGUACAGAAGCCUUUAACUGUCAGCCCUCAGUGCAGGUACACGUGAGUUAGCUGCUCGGUUUAAGAAUCAGUUCUUGUUGUAUUAUUUUAUAUAUAUUAUAUGGUUAUUUGAUGAAAAACAUUCCCAGGUAGGAAAAUUGUAUCAUUUGGCAUGCAUUGGUCCAAAGGUUUUAAUUUUUGGUACUUUAAAAUUGUAUUUUAACAGUACAAACAACAUUUUAAUUUUGUCACACACAAUGUGAUUCACUCUGAAGUUCAGAAGAGUACAUAUCUGAUUAUUUGGAAUAUGCAUAUUCCAAUACAUUUCAUGGCCACAAUACAUGCAAGUACUCAAGCAUUUUGAGAAAAUAUUCCUUACAAUUUCUUUUAUUAAUAUUUUCAUAUUUGUAAACA